AUGAAUAAUCAAGGUUACUAUCAGCAGGGUCCCCCACCUCCACCACCAGGUGGCUACCAGGGUGGUCCACCACAAGGUUACCAAGGUAGUCCUCCACAAGGUUAUCAAGGUGGCCCUCCACAAGGUGGUUACUAUCAACAACAGGGCCAACCCAUGUAUGUGCAGCAACAGCCACCAAAGGAGGAAUCUAGCUGCAUGGGAACUUGCUGCAAAGCCUUAUGUUGUUGUUGUAUCCUUGAGAUGCUAUGUGGCGAUGCCUUCUAA